AUGGGGAAGAAGGCUGUCAUGAUCGUCUGCGGCGCCGCCGUGGUGACAGUGGCGGCGGCUGUGCUGGUCCGUCAGCGCAUGCGGUGCUGCGGCGAGUGGUCCAAAGCCACGGCCAUCGUCAAGGAGCUGGAGGAGAAGUGUGGGACCCCCAUUGCCAAACUGAGACAGGUCGCCGACGCCAUGACCGUCGAGAUGCACGCCGGUCUCGCCUCCGAGGGCGGCAGCAAGCUCAAGAUGAUCAUCAGUUACGUCGAUAAUCUCCCCACCGGGAAUGAGAAAGGGUUGUUUUAUGCACUGGACCUUGGAGGAACAAACUUCCGUGUGCUGCGGGUUCAAUUGGGGGGAAAGGGUCGUGGACUUGUUAAUCAAGAAUUCACAGAGGUGUCGAUUCCAGAAGGUCUUAUGGUUGGGACUACAGAAACAUUGUUUGACUUCAUUGCCACGGAACUUGCUAAAUUUGUUGGUAAAGAAGGUCCAGAAUAUCAACUCCCUCCUGGCAGGCAGAGAGAACUUGGUUUUACCUUCUCAUUCCCUGUGCAGCAAACGUCAAUCAAUUCUGGGACUCUAAUUAAGUGGACGAAAGGCUUCUCUAUAGAUGAUACAGUUGGCCGGGAUGUUGUGGCUGAAUUGAGUAAAGCCAUUGAAAAACAAGGCCUUGAUAUGCGUGUGUCCGCUCUGGUUAAUGACACAGUUGGAACAUUGGCCGGAGGUAUAUACAACAAUAACGAUGUUGUAGCAGCUGUGAUUUUAGGUACUGGGACAAAUGCAGCAUAUGUGGAACGUGCACAGGCCAUACCAAAAUGGCAUGGUCUUCUACCUAAAUCUGGAGACAUGGUUAUCAACAUGGAGUGGGGCAACUUCAGGUCCGCACAUCUUCCAUUAACAGAUUAUGAUCAUUCAUUAGACACUGAAAGUUUAAAUCCGGGUGAUCAGAUUUUUGAGAAGAUAAUUUCGGGAAUGUAUUUGGGAGAAAUUGUUCGCCGCGCUCUUUAUAGGAUUGCUGAAGAGGCUUCUAUCUUUGGUGAUAUUGUUCCACCAAAAUUAAAAGUUCCAUUCAUUUUGAGGACACCUGACAUGUCCGCAAUGCAUCAUGACACUUCCUACGAUCUUAAAGUUGUACGAGACAUAUUGAAGAAUGUAUUGGAGAUAUCAAAUACUUCUCUGAAAGUGAGAAAACUUAUUGUUGAGCUCUGCAAUACUGUUGCCACACGUGGGGCUCGCCUUGCUGCUGCUGGAAUCUUGGGGGUUCUGAAAAAGCUGGGAAGAGAUGUGUUCAGGGAUGGGGAAAAACAGAAGAAGACAGUAAUAGCUUUGGAUGGUGGAUUGUUUGAACACUACACUGAAUAUAGUAAGUGCAUGGAGAAUACCCUAAGAGAAUUGCUUGGAGAGGAAGUCGGUGCGUCUAUUGUUAUUGAGCACUCUAAUGAUGGUUCUGGAAUUGGAGCUGCCCUUAUUGCUGCUUCUCACUCACAAUACCUUCAAGAUGAUGAGUCCUGAUUCUCAGGAAACUAGAGCGUUUUACUAAAGAAAAAUUAAAAAAAAUUUGCACUUCUACUUUUUUUUUUUUUUUUUUUUUUCCUGUUCCAACUAGAACCUCCCAUUUUUGCAUCUUAUUCCCGCACCUUUUCUGCUCUGCCCACUUUCACCUUAGAAAUGUGGUGUUUUUGGUGAGUUUUAGUUUGUGGCUUUGCAGAAAGUAAAAGAGUUUAGUUGAUUGUAUAAAGGCAGGACCUGUAAGCGGCCAAUGCUGUACUGCUUCGGCCUGCUAAUUCCAUUUUUCCCUUAUGUAA